UAUUUGCAAUGAUGGCCGCCGACCAAAAAAAAUUUUGUUUUGCGACAUUUUCUGAUCUUAAACCUUUAUAGAAUCUCAUGGCAUCUUUAGAGAAGUUGCAGAAUGAAAUUCUCCUCAAGGAAGAGGCGUUUCUGAGGGAAGAAAAGGCUAAGCUAAUGGAACAGCUGAACAAGCUGAAGGUGGAAGAAAUGGCCCUUAUGAAGUUAUUAGAGCAAGACAGCGUGAAUCCCCAACAGACAACCAUGGAACUGUUUAGCAAGACUUCUCAAGUGUCUUCAUCAUCCAGCCUUAAGAUUGAUGAAGUCAAUCAUAUCCCACUGCAAGGACUAAAAACCACUGAGAUGAAUAAUGACAUUUAUCAAGGGGAAGAAGAAGAAGAUGAAGAUGAUAUGGAUGAUGAUGAACCUGCUUACAGUCAGCAGUUACUGAAUGCAAUAUCAAAUAUGCAUCAACAAAACAAUAAUGUUGAUCUGGACAUUUCUAGAUCUGUUAUACAGAAUGUACUGCAACAAGAGAUUGAAGGUUUUGAUGAUGAUGAUGAGGAAGAAUAUCUUUAUUGAUUGCUCCUGGGAAUAUAUUUCUUGCAUGUUACAAGCUGUGUUACACUGAACAAAGAACUCAGUCACAAUACUACUAGAGACUUCCAUGAUUUUGAAGCAAUGGUUGGAAGAAUUGAUCCAAACCAAGACAAAGCCAAAAAAUAUUUCAUAAAAACAACAGCAACCAUGAUGUACAUACCAGAUAUAAAUUUGUAAAUUGGGAAAUAAACUUCAUUAGUUUCAUCUGCAUUGUUGAUUGAAGUACCAGUUACAAUGUUGUUUGUUUAUUAACAGCUUUACUUGCAUACUGCUUAUCAUUGUUAAAGUCAAGGGUUCUAUUCAUCCUGUACAUCCUAACAGCAGUAUGCUCAUUCUCCAUACAUUUCCUAAGAUGCUGAUAAGGAUAACUUGUGAUCAUUUUUUUUAUUCUUGUGACUUUGUUUGACUCAGGGGUGAUCUUGUGCAGAGAAAUUAGAUGCAAGUUAAGUUUUCCCCAACUCAUGGCACUCUUUGUGACUUGACUGUGGUGAAUAAAUGUAAGAUGAAAUUGCAACAGAACAAAUCAUAAGUUUUUUUAAGGUGUUCCAAAGCAUGUUACUCUCUCUAAAACUGAAAAAAGGGCAAGUUUUAGAAUGUAAGUCCUGACUGCUAACUUCAAGCAAUUUUCCAGAAGAUUGUAUAGCAAGGAGGAAUGUUAACUAAGAAUGGAGUGCUAGUGAGGAGUGAUGACAGAAAUAAUGUGAUAAUUGUUAAACUUUAUUGAACACUUUUGUACCCAGCUUCAAAGACUCUAGUGAAAUUAUUGCAUAUGAUGUGAUUUGUGUCUAGAAAAAGUUUAAACAUAACUAUGGAAGAUAACAGCAGAAAUAUAAAGCUUAGUGAUUGUGGUAUAUUUCACACUUAA